CAGUGGUCCUGUCUAGCGGCUGUACCGAGUCUCUAUUCUGGCACUGAGAGAAGACUCCAUCGCAGAUUGCGGCAAUGUCUGUAUCUAAUCUAUCAUGGUUGAAGAAAAAGUCCCAGUCCGUGGAUAUUACUGCUCCAGGGUUCAACCCUUUGGGGGGUGCAGGGAAGCAAGCACCCCAAGCCAGCAAGGCCCCGGCACCCAAGACUCCCAUCAUCGAAGAAGAGGAGAACAACUCAGCAAACACCCCGAAGCACCCUCCCAGGAAGAGUGAGCUGAAGAGGUUCUACACCAUCGACACUGGCCAAAAGAAGACCCUAGACAAGAAAGAUGGGCGAAGGAUGUCUUUUCAGAAGCCUAAAGGAACUAUUGAGUAUACUGUUGAAUCAAGGGAUUCUUUGAAUAGCAUAGCCCUGAAAUUUGAUACCACACCCAAUGAGCUUGUUCAGUUAAAUAAGUUAUUCUCCAGAGCAGUCGUGACUGGGCAGGUUUUAUACGUUCCUGAUCCUGAGUGUGUCUCCAGUGUUGAGAGCUCUCCAUCUCUAAGCCCAGUAAGUCCUCUGUCGCCAACAUCAUCCGAGGCUGAAUUUGAUAAAAUCACUACUCCUGAUGUUGUCCAUCCAAAAGAAGUACAUCCCUUAUCCUCUGUUAGCAGUAUUCGGCCUUCAAGAGUUGUAUCUUCAACUUCUGAGGAAGAGGAGGCAUUUACUGAGAAAUUUCUCAAAAUCAAUUGCAAAUAUAUCACCAAUGGCAAGGGCACUGUCAGUGGUGUGCUGUUAGUCACACCAAACAAUAUAAUGUUCGACCCACAUAAAACAGACCCCUUGGUUCAAGAGAAUGGCUGUGAGGAGUACGGCAUCAUGUGUCCGAUGGAAGAGGUGAUGUCCGCUGCCAUGUACAAAGAAAUUUUGGAUAGCAAAAUAAAGGAAUCCUUGCCCACAGAAAUAGAUGAACUGUCAGGAAGGGACUUCUGCCAUGCCAAGAAAAUGACAGGACUCAGUGCUGAGGACAUGGACUCGAGAGCCCGCGAUCCAGGUAACGGUAGUGGCAGCCCUGCUCCCAGGAGCACCGAGGAGUCUUUCUCUGAGGAUGUCUUCACCGAGUCAGAGCUCUCUCCUGUCCGGGAGGAACUCCUCUCCUCAGAGCUGCGACAAGAUCAGUCAUCUGACGCGUCAUCAGAAUCUGUGCAAACUGUCAGUCAGAUUGAAGUAGAGUCUUUGGCAGCCAAGUCGGAGCCUACUAAUAUUCCUGACCACAUUAACACAAAUACUGGACAUUCUUCACACGAAGGGCCUUUAUCUCAUGAAACUGAUUUAAGUAGUCUUGAAAUGGCCGCUAAAGAAGGAGAUAAGGCUACGGAAAAACCUGAAGAAGACUCAGGCCCUAAAGAACAAAGCUCAGAUGUGAGAGGUCAGGAUGAGCGGGAUUCUGCCCAUCCUGAAAGCUCACUACAGCACCAGGAAGGUGAAGGAAAGGUACCUUCUGGAGAAACUGUGGAACUUAAAGAAAAGCCAACUGCUCCGAAGGAAAAACAAGGGAAAGAACAAAAACGGGACUCAGAGACUGAAGUCGAGGAGCUGCGCAAACUCUGGAAAACUCACUCGAUGCAGCAAGCUAAGCAGCAGAGAGACACUAUUCAGCAGGUGUCACAGAAAGAAAGUAAACAUAAAAGUGCAUUUGCGGAUGGACAUGCAGACGGCGCUUCACUUUUAAAGGAUAAGAGAAGGCAUCGAUUACAUAAGUUCUUAUGUCUCCGAGUUGGAAAGCCGAUGAGGAAAACAUUUGUGUCUCAAGCCAGUGCUACGAUGCAACAGUAUGCACAAAGAGAUAAGAAGCACGAGUAUUGGUUUGCAGUGCCACAAGAAAGGACAGAGCAUUUGUAUGCCUUCUUCGUUCAGUGGAGUCCAGAAAUAUAUGCAGAAGAUACUGGUGAAUAUACCAGAGAGCCUGGAUUUAUAGUAGUCAAAAAGAUUGAAGAGUCUGAAACAGGUGAAGAUGCUACUGGUGAAGCCGCAGCCAGGGAAUGGGAGGUAGUGUCAGUGGCUGAGUAUCACCGCAGGAUCGAUGCUCUAAAUACAGAAGAACUGCGCACACUCUGCAGACGUCUCCAGAUUACUACAAGGGAAGACAUCAACUCAAAGCAGGCUGCUCCAGCGAAAGCAGACCUGGAGUCUGAAUCUUUCCGACCAAACCUAAGUGACCCCAGUGACCUCUUACUGCCUGAUCAGAUUGAAAAGCUUACUAAGCAUCUCCCACCAAGAACCAUUGGCUAUCCAUGGACACUUGUGUAUGGCACUGGGAAGCAUGGCACAAGUUUGAAGACCCUUUAUAGAACAAUGACAGGUUUAGACACUCCAGUGCUGAUGGUGAUUAAAGACAGUGAUGGACAGGUCUUUGGUGCACUAGCAUCUGAGCCAUUUAAAGUAAGCGAUGGCUUCUAUGGGACUGGAGAAACCUUUGUUUUUACCUUCUGUCCAGAAUUUGAGGUCUUUAAGUGGACAGGAGAUAAUAUGUUUUUUAUCAAAGGAGACAUGGAUUCAUUAGCAUUUGGUGGUGGAGGGGGAGAGUUUGCCCUUUGGCUUGACGGAGAUCUCUACCAUGGGAGAAGUCAUUCCUGUAAAACCUUCGGAAAUCCGACGCUUUCUAAGAAGGAAGACUUCUUUAUCCAAGACAUUGAAGUCUGGGCUUUUGAAUGAACUCAGUGCUCUCAGUCUUCGCAGGACAUCGGCCCAAACCUGAAAGGACAAAGCAUUGUUUGGAAUGUUCAAGAAGCAAUACAAUUCACAUGUCACGCGUGCUUUCAAGUCAGUCCUUUUGCCAUUUACUACAGCUAUAAUUUUGGAGUUUAUUUUUCAAAUCAUGUUUCUGUCCCAGAGUUCUUUUGUUUACAUCAUGGCCUGGGUUUCUGUAGUAUAACAGCUGGGUGGGGUUUUGUCAGCAUAUUGCAGUAUUUUGAUCAGAGAGGCCACCACAUUUUCAGUUCCUGUUAUCUCAGUCUCCUAAUUGGAUGGUGCUCUGUUGUUCAACUUCUUUUUAAAUCUAUAUUGUUUCUUUUUGUAGAGCAGUGUACUUGGGACAUUGAGGAAAUGGGGUCAAGAUACUUUUGUAUCUGGUGGAGUUGACACCAGUGACAUUUGGACCUGCUUAUCAUUUUCUUCUGAGUGAGAUACCACAUGCCAAAAUAAUAUAUACUUCAUAGACCUCUUCUAGUUCUAAUUCACUAUAGCAUUCUCUUUAUUCAUUUUGUAAACAUUCUCAAUUUCAUUUUAAGACAAUGAACUUGGAAGAGAAGUCUGAUUGGCAUAGACUGCAGCACACAUGAUAUGCAGGUUUGGGCGCGUGUUUCAUCACUGAACUAUCAGACAAAGAGUUACAAAUUGACAGAGGAGAAAGGGAAUUCGAUGAUUCUAUUGGAUUUAAUAUAUUAAGCAAGUAAUACUAUUUACAUAUUUGUAGCUUAAUAGGGCGUUAUCAUAAGUACAGAAACUAAAACUUGCAUAUUUCUUCAACAUUGUGUCAGAUAUACUGUUUUACAGUUCUGUUGUUUUAGCCUUGUUGCAUACCAGCUCCCCAAAUACAUUUUUGUUUUGUUUUUUCUGAUCAAAAGGAAAAAAAUUGUUUUGAAAUAAAAACUUGUUUUUUUUUUAAAGUGGUAUAUGUUAUUAGUUACCAUUAGCAUCUGCUCUUAUAAAAGGGCAGUGACUGUAGUAGAUAAUACUGUAACUCAGUAGACUUGGUGAAUGUGCAAGCUUACGUCAAGUGGCCUCAAAAAAUGAAAAGAUAGAAUAAACUAGCAGCUGUAUCCUCUCUUGUAGGAAACCAACAAUAAGCCAUUGUGGCAACAUUCAUCAGUUAAAUUUCCGAGCUUCAUGUUAUGCAAGAAUAAAUCCUGCUGUUAUACACGUGACCGUGACUGUGCUGAAAAUUCAGCUGUUCCACACAACGUUGUAUAUCUUGUAAAUUGAUGUUUAAAGAUAGUUUGUUCUUAUAGAAAGUGUUGACUGCCAGGUUGCUUAUAGCACUUUAAAUUAUUCUGAAAAUGAAAUUACCAGCCAAGUAUGUUGGCUUAAAUAGUUUUAGUUAUAUAACUUAAAAAUACCUAGUUCUUUUGGGAGAAGUCUAGAUAAUUAUCUAAAGAAAGCAUAAUGAAUGCUAAUCAAAAUCUAUGGUGUUCUAUGACAUGUUGUUUCUGAAGAUGAAUAGAAACACAGGGCAUCAUUUCCUCGUCUGUGGAUAGCUCUCAUUACAAGUUAGGUUAUAGUGUCUAGGUUAAAUGUUUAUAAUAUAGGGAAUUGUAAAUAAAUGUAUCUGUUCCCCUUUGGUCUUCCACAGCAGUAUUAUUGUCUUUGUGGAGGUGACUAAUCAUAAAUCUUUAAAACAUCCUGUAAUUGAUUUCAACUACAACAUAGUCAUAGAGAUGUAUACCAAAUAAAAUUAAAUGCAUAAAUGCAAA